AUGUCAGAAGCACUCUCUUUUGUCUACCAUGAUGAACCACCUGACGAAGUGGAAAAGAAAACAAUUAGGCAUGUCGCAAUCUACAAAUCUGUCGAAACGAUUGGUCCGAAUAGCUUUCAAUUCUGUGAACGAUUGAUGGAAGUCGUCUUUCCAAAGAAUGGCCUGGAAAGUAUUUGCACGAGUGCCUUUGAAAAGUGCCCGGCUUUGGAAAGCGUCUCCCUGCCUUGCACCGUCACACACAUUGGCAAGUACGCCUUCCGUCAGUGCCUGGCAUUGUCAAAAGUCAAAUUACCGCAGCAGGAUGAAAGUAUUACUAGCACUACAUUGGAUAUUGAUACCAAGGCAUUUGAGGGCUGUCGGUCGUUAUGUGCUGUUUCAUUUCCAGAGUCAACUGGUACUGUCGGAUACCAAGCCUUUGCAAAUUGCACUAGUCUAUUGGCAGUCGAAAUACCUUCCACGACCAAACAUCAUGAGAACAAAAAUACAAGAAUCCAAUUUUUACGAAAUGUCUUUCAAGGAUGUCACCAGUUGGUCAAUGUGUCCAUUCCAAUGCAAAUGCCAUUGGGUACAGAGAAGUGCUUUGUCAUGUGCUCUUCUCUCCAAAAAAUGUGUUACCCAUCCUGUGACUUUCCCGAAGCUCUGAUUGAUCGAUAUUACAAACUGCCACUUCACAACAUGUGCUAUCAUGCUGCUGCAUCGACCACGAAAUUACAAGAGUUUGAAGCCUUUGUGGAUGGAUACGACGCCGACAAGUACAAUGCGGUGGAUCGUUGGGGUAUGACCGCCUACCACAUUUUGGCAACAUCUCCCAAUCUGCAAAAUGACACGACCGUCGAAUUCUUUUUGCAAACGCUGAUGGAUCGUUAUCCAUUGAAUGUAAUUCUGCAAAAGGAUCGAAACGACAAGACCAUGUUGGAUUAUUUGCUACUGUACAAGUCUGCCAAGUCGAUUCCAGUCUUUCAAAUGGUAGUUCGACGGCUGCUCAAGAUUGGAAUGGGCGAUUGGGGUCGUUUGGAUUGGAGAAAUGACAUUUCGUCAUUGGUGGAAUCCUAUGGCAGGAACGAAGUAUUGGCGGUUGAACACAGGCUGCAUGCUAAUGCUACUACAACUGCUGAAGAAUCUGACUUGUCGUCUGCGUCGUCAACUAUGGAUUGGGAUGAAAUGCUACAGCAAAGACGUGCUUCCUUCGAUGAAAUGAAAAGGCGACUGGCAAUCUUUGGACGGAAAGAAGUGACGUCAUUAAUGGAACUUUCAUUGUGGAAGAUGAAAAUCAAGUCCUCUGAGAUGAUGAGUCGGGUAGACUGUCGAUGGAGCUGUGGAUCCGAUUUUGUGAUUGCUCAAGUUCUUGGAUAUCUCUGGCAUCUUAGGGAUGAUGAUGAUGGUGGUGAUGAUAAUUCCACCGAGUCACGUCCAGCAUUGGAGGAUGGUCUACUGUACCUCAAUCUAUAA